AUGUCUGCAAAUGGGUUACCUUCUUCAGCUCAAGCCUUCCAAGAACAACUCCUUGGCGGUUUUAUCUCUAGAAAGCUGCUUCUGCAUAGCCCAUUUGAUCCCAGCACUCAACCAGCCGUUGCGGUUGCACCAUCUCCUCUCAGAACCCAUCACAACCUCAGCGGAAAUGUCCUGAUGCUUCUCUCAGUCCUCAUCUGUGGGAUCAUCUGUUGCCUCGGGUUACACUACAUCAUUCGUUGUGCGCUCAAACGUUCUUCGAGAUUCCUGAUCACCGAGCCAAUCGCUAGUCUUUCAACACCACGUGGUUCAUCAAACAAAGGAAUCAAGAAGAAAGCUCUUAGGAUGUUCCCGGUUGUGAGUUACUCACCUGAGAUGAAUCUGUCGGGGAUAGGCGAAGAGUGUGUCAUUUGUUUGUCGGAUUUUGUUUCCGGUGAAAAGGUCAGGCUGCUCCCUAAGUGCAACCAUGGGUUCCAUGUUCGUUGCAUUGGCAAGUGGCUUCAACAACAUACGACUUGUCCAAAUUGCAGACACUCUCUGGUUGAGACAUGCCAGAAGAUCUUAGGUGACUUCAUUCAAGCUGAUCAAGUGAUGGAGACACCAACAGAAAUCGUAAUUGCCAUGAUUGAAACACCAACAGAAAUCGUAAUUGCCUUGAUUGCUCCUCUAGAACCUGAAGGAAGAGUAAACACUUUUAGAGAAAGCAGCUAG